AUGUCUCUGAUUGAACCAGAUCCAGCCAUGCCUUGCCGUUUACUGCAGUUGCCAGACGAACUCCAAUUAAAGAUACUCGCUCAACUACCGGUUCAAGAUCUUUUGAAAUCGACUGUGAUUUGCCGUAAAUGGUAUCAUCUGAUCUACAGUGGCCCAUUGUGGACGACAAUCGAUACAGAUCCAUUCUACAAAAUAAUCACCAUGGAUCAAAUUGUGAGAUUACUCAAGGCGUCUGCUCGAUUUUUAAAAGUAGCCAAUUUCAGAGGUUGCAUUCAGCUGACAGGUCAUGGACUCAGAACACUAUCUCUCUCAUGUCCUAAUCUUGAAGUGUUGAACAUUAAAGAUUGUCGAGGUGUGUCAUCUGCCAGCCUAAGCUACUUUCUGCAACAUGCCGCCAACCUCAAGGUGCUGAACGUCUCUGGUCUGGAUACAGUCAAAUCUUCAACACUGUCUCAUGCAACAUGCUCAAAUUUAGAAAGACUCGAAAUGAGCUGGUGCCGUAAUAUCACUGGCAAUGGCAUCUUGGCAUUUGUGAAGCAAUCUUGCUCUACACUAACCUAUUUGAAGAUCAAUGGCUGCCCUCAAUUAGACGACGAUACCAUGGCAUCACUAGGAUCCAGUUUGCCAAAUUUAACACAUUUCAGUAUGGCUGCUUGCACAAAUUUGACGGACACAGCCUUAGUAUCCUACCUCAAAUCGCCCUCCAAACACAAACUCACACACUUGAAUCUAUCCAGUUGCGCCAGACUGACGGACACCACGCUAUUGGCCUUAGCUCUAUAUACACAGCACAUCCGGCAUUUGGAAUUAGCUGGCUGUGUCUUGAUGACAGAUCAGGGAUUCUGUCAUUUGUUUGCUCGAGUACACACUCUUGUCCACCUCGACCUGGAAGAUGUGCAUCAAAUCACAGCAGCGACUGUUCGAUCCAUUGCAAAUCAUCAACCUCAUCUACAACGACUGUGUCUAUCGAGUUGCACGCAGGUAUCCGAUGACGAUGUUGUGUAUCUGGUGAAUAGCUGCCACCAACUACAGCAUUUGGAAUUAGACAACUGCACCAUUACGGACCAAGUAUUGACUUUGAUAGCACAGCAUAUGCAACAGCAACAGCAACAACAAGAGAGAAAAUUGAAUAUGGAGGUGCUGGAUUGCUCCAAUGUGACCGAAAUGGGUAUACGGAAGGCAUUGGCCAAGGCAAGCCCAUUCCUGUCCAUCAAGAGCUUCUACUCAUUCCAAGAAGAGGAGCAGCAACAAACGGAGGAUGGCUUACAUAAUGAUGAACAUGCCAUGGACAAUAUUCAUCGGCAGCAUGGUCUGGGUAUUAGUGGUCGAUACAGUGCAGCACUGAAUAGUGGCCGACACAGACGGGGAGGAGGAGCACACAGCAAUGCACAUGCCAGUGCCAAUUGCAUUAUUAUUUAA